AUGGCGCCCAAAUCGAAAAUUUGUAAAAUUCUUACACUUGCCCUCUUUGCGUGGCUGCUCAUCAUAUUGCUGAUGAAUGUGUUCAACAGCGGUCACAGCUACUACUACAGCAGGAUAUUGCGUGGCCUCGAGAGUCAAGGGGCCGCAGAAAUGGUCACAUCGCGGAAUCCAAAAUUAUCUGCACGAGCUGGAGGAAUUGAACUGUCAGACGAUGAUGAUGUCUUCCUGGAAAACAGUAACAAUAGAGAACCCUCGAUCGAUGAGUUGUUCGCACAAUUCCAAAAGGAACUUCCGUAUGUCCCAUUCAGUUACGCGCGUCGCCAUGAGAACCGGACAAUGCGCAAAGCUCUUAACUGUGCCAAUUUUCCAAGGUUGCAGUCGUUGCGCUUCUACAAUAACUACUGGCAGACGUACAGUCGGGAAAACGUUACAUUUCAUUUGUAUGGUGCGUAUUACGACGAACGCGAAGAUUUGCCCCAAGGGCCGGUUGUACGAAUCCUUGGCCUCGUCAAUCAGCUGAAGCCACCCUUUCCAUCAUCCUUCUGCCAAGUUUGGUAUGAAAAUGACAAUGUUCCGGAAUUACCUCCAAUACAUGAAUAUAAAAUUAUUUGGCGCUGGGGUGGCUCCCGCAUGUUCUUCCCCGUUUUAAUUACUUGUCCCUUGGCCAAGCCAUCUGCAAAUGUGACCGGAGGUGCUCGUAUUCCCCAGGCGGUUUCCAUCGUUGGUAAUCAGUGUGACACCGCUCUAAAUAUUCUGAAUGUGGUCUACAACAAACCCUCUGCAGUCGACGGGAAAUCAACUUUUGCCGUGUGCGUAAAAGGUUUGGAUUUUCCCUUUAUUGAUCUGUCUUCCCGGCUGGCUGAGUGGCUCGAGAUGCAGCGCCUGCUGGGAGCAGCAAAAGUGUUCAUGUACGAGAUUGAUGUGCACCCUAACGUCAAAACGCUUCUAAAUUACUAUGAGAAGGAGGGAUUUGUCGAAGUUCGGCCAAUCACAUUGGUUGGCGGCGUUGUGGGGUUGCCCCACCUGCAACACUGGAUUCUAAAAUCUACACAAUUUAACAAGCGCUUGAACGAGUUGGUGCCCUACAAUGACUGCUUCUACCGCCAUUUGUAUGAGUACGAGUACAUCGCCCUAGUCGAUGUCGACGAAAUUAUAAUGCCGCGCGGAGAACGGCGGUCGUGGCAUGACAUCGUCCAAGCAUCCAUGCCGUACAGAGAGUCGAAGAACUGUACGCAGGGGUUUGCUGCGCUAUGCUUCCGUAACACCUACUUUCCAUACAAUCCCCGGCGAUUCGUAAUCGCCAACAGCACAGAGGACUACAGCACACCGCCAGGUAGCCCCACGAGUCCACCCUAUAUGUUCUUCUUGAAUCAUACGUACCGAACGAGUAACUAUUCCCGCGUAGGUUAUGCUACCAAAUGCUUGCAUCGGACAUCCAAAGCAGUGACCCUGCACAAUCACUACAGCCUGGAGUGGUUGAACGCUUGCAAUCCAUUCAAUGUGCCGGAAGAACUUGCCCAUUUGCAACACUACCACGAUGAGCAGCCUAGCCCGAAUUUCCGAGAAGUGAUAGCCGAUCAUGGUAUUGAGCGCUAUCGAACCGCUUUGGUUGAACAGACGACGUCGGCAUUGCGCAAAGCAGGUCUGGUGAAAUAG